AGAUGAAGGGAAAAGAGCCGUCUGUCUGAAUUUGGGCUUCCCCCCAUCCCCGCGCCCCUUCUUGGGUGGGAGAAAACAGACCGCUCCCCAUCUCCCCUCACAUCCCUCGGAAAGGCGCGCGGGAGGCCGGCCAGAAGUAAGGCCGAAUCGAUGCGGAAGGGCUCAGGAGGAGGGCGGGGCUCAGGACGAAAAGGCGGCGGCGGCCGGGAGCCCUCUUCAUCCCGGGGGCCCGCCCCUCUCAUGAAUAUGCAGAUCAGAUGGGGCGGGGCUAGACGCCGAAGACGCUCCGGGGCCGGAAGGAAGCGGCGCGCUUCUUGCCCGUCGGGCUGGCCUCGCGUUGUGUCUCUCUGCUCCCCCGGGCAGCGUCUUCCCUACCUCGCGCGUGCGCACUGAGAGGGCAGGGCGGGGGCUGAGUCACCGGCUGUGGCUGUGGAGGAGGAUCGGGGUGAGCUGCUGCUUCUUUUUCCUUUCUGAGGCGGCGGCUUCGCUUCGGCUUCCUCGUCAGGAGCAUCUCCGCGGGCGCCGGCUCUGAGGGGGAUGAGGCAGGCGGCGGCGGCGGCGGGCGAGCCCCAACGACACUGAGACGGCGGCGCCUCCUGCUCCUGGUCCUCUCCUCGUCCUCCUCUCGCUCCUUGCCCGGCCCCUCGCCCGCCGGCACCAUGAUGGAGGAGAUCGACCGCUUCCAAGUGCCCGCCGUGCGAGCCGAGAUGCAGCCGCUGGAUCCAACAGCCGCCUCUGUCUCUGACAGAGACUGUGAUACGAGAGAGGGAGAGACUGUAGCUAUGAAUUACAAACCAUCCCCACUACAAGUGAAACUAGAGAAACAGAGAGAGUUGGCUCGUAAGGGCUCACUGAAAAAUGGCAACAUGGGGAGCCCGGUUAACCAGCAGCCCAAGAAGAACAAUGUGAUGGCACGAACAAGGCUGGUUGUUCCCAAUAAAGGCUAUUCCUCAUUAGACCAGAGUCCUGAUGAAAAGCCAUUGGUAGCGCUGGACACAGACAGUGAUGAUGACUUUGACAUGUCCAGAUAUUCCUCCUCGGGAUAUUCUUCAGCUGAGCAGAUCAACCAGGACUUGAACAUCCAGCUGCUAAAGGAUGGCUAUCGGUUAGAUGAGAUCCCAGAUGACGAGGACCUUGACCUAAUCCCCCCGAAGUCAGUCAACCCAACUUGCAUGUGCUGUCAAGCCACCUCCUCCACUGCCUGCCACAUCCAGUAAUGAGGGAAGCCUGGCAAGGGUUGAUCAGUGCUUUCCACUAUAACUGUAAAACUUAACAGCCAUUGCUUCCUCCUAUGGUAGGACGUGCACCUGUCUGUGUUCAUGGAGCCAGGAGAAACCAAAAAAAUAUAUCUUCAUUUUAUGUUC